UCUCAGAAAAGAAAUGGCGCUGAGCAGUGGAGUGACUGCUCAAAUCUCCCACUUUCAGAGGCUAAACAACCCUAAAAUUGCUUCUUCCUCUUCGCUCUGCUGUUGGAUGGAUUGUCAUUCUUAUGUAUCAUUUGGAACGAAGGCAUUUCUCCAUGGUAAAGGCAGGGUUUUACCUACAAAUUUGGGGCCCCUUAGGGUUUCCUAUAACAGAAGAUUGGAAUUUCUAAAAUUUAAGUCUUACCCAAAUCUGAGUUCGGAUGAUUCUUUGAAGUAUGGUGGCAUUAGACUCGAACUUCCUCUACAGUUCAGGAUCCCAUCAAAAAAUUGCCAUAAAUGCCAUUCUUUAGUCAUACAGAGCAAUUAUCCCCAAAAUGCAGAUUUGCCUCGCUAUUACUCAAAGAAGGAGAAGAAACCCUUUCCAAUACCUAUAGUGGAGCUGAGGCGAGCUGCCAGAGAGAGGCUAAAGAACAUGAAGGGCCAACCCAGGAGACCAAUCCCACCUCCAAAGAGCGGGUUGCUGGUUAAAAGACUUAUACCAGUUGCGUAUGAUGUGAUGAAUGCAAGAACUACAUUGAUCAACAAUCUCAAGAAGCUCUUGAAAGUGUUGCCUGUACAUGCUUGCAAGUGGUGUAACGAAAUCCACGUUGGACAUGUCGGGCACCCAUUCAAAUCAUGUAGAGGCCCACAGACUUCAAUCCGCAAGGGUGAUCAUGAAUGGACAAAUGCAUUCCUUGAAGAUAUAUUGGUACCUGUUGAUGCUUUUCACCUCUUUGAUCGUCUUGGUAGGCGUAUUCCUCACGAGGAGAGAUUCUCAAUUCCUAGAAUUCCAGCUGUAGUUGAGCUCUGCAUCCAAGCUGGGGUUGAUUUACCUGAAUUCCCCACUAAGAGGAGGAGAAAGCCAAUUAUCCGCAUUGGAAAAAGUGAAUUCAUAGAUGCAGAUGAGAGUGAACUGCCGGACCCUGUCCCUGAAGUCCCCAAGACACCGCUAUUAACCGAAAUACCUGACUCAGAAAUCGAGGCCCCAUCUAGUGCAGAAGAAACAGCCUUGCUUGCUGAGGAAACACUCAAAGCAUGGGAUAAAAUGAAGGGAGGAGCCAAGAAGCUAAUGAGAAUGUACCCAGUAAGGGUUUGUGGAUAUUGUCCAGAGGUGCACAUAGGGCCCUCCGGACACAAGGCGCAAAACUGUGGAGCUCACAAGCACCAACAACGGAACGGGCAGCAUGGUUGGCAGGCAGCUGUGCUCAAUGACUUGAUACCACCAAGAUAUGUGUGGCAUGUUCCUAAUGGGCAACCCUUGCAAAGGGAGCUUAAGAACUUCUAUGGUCAAGCCCCUGUUGUGGUGGAAAUGUGUGUGCAGGCUGGUGCGGCUGUGCCUGAGCAAUACAAGCCAACCAUGAGGUUGGAUGUGGGGAUCCCAACAGAUAUUAGAGAAGCUGAGAUGGUAGUCUGAGGUGAAUUUUGGUUAAGAGUGUAUAAAGUGUGUAGAAUAUUGAAAAUAAAUACAAUAUUUUAUUUAUUUAUGAAACAAAUAUUUGGCUUUUCCUUAA